AUGAGUGCAAAAAAUGAUGAUUAUCGAAGUGAUUAAGAUGACAAAAGUUAGUCAUCUAUAGAUUCAAUUGAAGACAUCCAAGAUUCUUCAGAAUCAAAUCAAUUCAAAAAAUCAAAGAAUAAGAAAUUGCUUAAAAAAUAAAAGAAUUAAAAGAAGAAAAGAUUGAAUAAACAAAAAUUUAUUGACACAGAAGCCUCAGAAACAUCUGAAAAUGAAUCAGAUGAUGAUGUUAAAGGAGAAAUUAGCAAAGGAUAAUAGGAAAAGUAUUAUAAACAUGAUGAACUAAAACGAAAACAUCAUAAAGAUAUUGUUAGAGAUAUAGAAGAGAGAUAUGAAAAUGGAGAUGUUUUAAAUGUAGAAGAGAUAGAAAAAUCAGAAGAUGAAAUUGAGAAACCAGGACUAAGAGAUCCUAAAGUAUUCAAUAAUUAAUAUAAUAGUUCUGGCGUGUUUCAUGUAAUAAGGGUAAAGAGUAGGAAGCUGUGACUUCAAUCAUGUUUAAACAUAAUCACUUAAUAGAUACUAAUCCACUUGAAAUAGUUUCAGUCUUUUCACUCAAGAAAUUCCCAGCAGCAAUAUUCAUUGAAGCCUAUUUUGAAUAACAUGUUAUGAGAGCAAUCGAAGGUCUAGUUAUUGUAAGAUAAUCCCCACCUGAAUUGGUUGAAUCUGAACAAUGUCCAAAUAUGUUUCAGCCUCCUGAAGUUGAAUAAAUAGAUAUUGAAGAAGGACAAUGGGUAAGAGUUAGACAACACAAUAUUUACUCUGGAGAUUUAGCUAGAGUUAUGUAAGUAGAUUAAGAAAGAAAACUAAUCAAACUCAAAGUUGUACCUAGAUAAAAAUUAUUAAUGAAAUCUAUUGAAGAAGAUGAAGAAAAUAAAAAAAAGAAUUCUAAAAAGAAUAAUUCAAAUGCAGAUUAAUCCCGCUUCCAAAUGAAAGAAGAAGAAGGUGAACCACCAAUUGAAGAUAAUGAACCAUUUUAAAGAGGAAGCAAAUUUAAGUUUUUAAAAAGAGUAAAAUAUCUUUAAGAAUAAAAAAAAUUUAUUCGAGGACCUAAAAUUCCUAUUUAAAUGAGUAAGAAAUCAAAUCAUGAUGAUAAUGAUGAACCUACAUCAUAAUUCUUUUAUAUUUCUAUUAGAGAUGAAUGGACUUCUGCAAAAAAAGAUGGAUUUGAAAUUAUUACUCUUCCUGUUCAUCAAGUUCUUACUGGAAAUAUUAAACCUACUGUUGAAGAUUUAUAAUACUUUUAUCCAGAUGUCUAAGAUUAUCGAUUGAUAUUAUAGAAAUUACACUCCAGUUUAAAAUAAGUAGUAGAAUAAAAGUCUAAAAUCCAAGUUGGAGAUUAUGUUACUCUUAAUUAAAAUCAAGAUUAAACUAAAGCUUCAAGAUAUAAAGUUGUAUAAAUACUAGAAGAUCAAAAUAUACUGAUUGUCAUUAAAACUAUUAAAAAUAAAACUACUUUUGAAACAAAGUAAACUGAAUAUAGACUAUCAAUAAAUGAUGCUAAAUUAGCAUUUAAACUUUAUUAAUAAGUCUCUAUUGUUUCAGGACCUAAUAUUGGAUUAAGUGGUACUAUUAUUAAAAUGGAUGAUUUGACUGCCUAAAUAUCAACUGAAGCUGGUAGAAUUGUUGAUGCCUUGAUCUCAGAUCUCUAAUCUUAAAAAAAUGUCAUUAAAAAAAUGGAUAUAGAAGAGAAUCCUGAUAAUGGAGCAGAAUAAUAGAAAACAGGAUUCAGAAGAAAUGAUUUAGUAAAGUUUGGAUUGAUUGAUAAUGAUAUUGGAUGCAUACUCAACAUUUCCAAUAAUGAAGUCAGUAUACUUGAUUUAACUAAUCAAAUCAAAACUAUCAAUAAAUUAGCUAUCAGAAAUUCUAUCAACACUAGAAAUAAUGUAGUCAAAAAUAUGUAUUGUAAUGAUAUUAGAUAAUAAGAUCUAGUAGUAAUUCUGGAUGGUUUCUAUAAAAGUAUUUUAUUUUAUAUAUAUUCAUUUAGAUAAUAAAGCAACUGUUUUACAUGUAUAUAGAGAUUAUUUAUUCUUAUUUAAUGGUAAAUUCGACAAUACUUAAGGUGUAAUCAUAGAAAAAGCCAAUAAUUGUGGUUUAGUGUCUUCAUCUAAAAAGCCAGAACCUGUUGUAGUAAAUACUUAAUCCCAAAUACCAAAUGAAGAUUGGAAAAAUCUAAGAGGAUAGAUGGUUACCAUUCGUAAAGGAUAAUGGUAAUCUUAUAGAGGAAUGGUAUAAGAAGUUACAAGUAGAGUUGCAACAAUCUAAUUAUCAGCUAAAAAUUUAGUUGUUAAAGUUCCAUUAGAAUGUAUUAAAUCUGAAUCUUCUAAUUCACAUCUUCAAGUUGGAAAAACACCAUAGCAUCAUCCAGGUAUGUCAACUAGAGUUUGGGACGAUCUUGAAGGAGUCUAAUAAUCAGUCAUGAGAGGAUAUCAAUCUCCUUAUAUCACUUAUCAAACCCCUAUGCGUAAUGAUUGA